GCUGCUGCUGCGGAGCUGGCCAUGGACGCUGGGGAGGCCGAGCAGGAUGUGUGCGUGCGAGCAGCCAUGGGACUGCACCAGGCAGCAGGGCUGGGGGAAAGCUGGGCAGGCAGCUGUGAAGACCCCCUGCAGCUUCUCUUCUCGGGGAAGGAGGUGCAGGACAGCUGCUUGACCGUUGAUGGCAUCUUUCACUUGGAUGCAGGACAGGAGAAGGUCCUGGAGUUGGCAAGACCUCAGCUGGCCCUGGUUCCCCUUGGCUACAGUGUGUCCCUGCUGCUGUGGGACCCCCACGGUCCUGGGACCCAGCUGCCCUUCCAGAGUAUCGUCUGGCAGGUGAUUGACACCAUCUUCCAAGAACUGGAGGCCUUGGGGGGUGACACACAGAGCCUGCAGACUGUCAGCCUGGUCCAGGUCUGCGCCCACGACAAAGCCUGGGACUUGCUCCGUCCUGAUGGCCGAGCCCUGCAAGUGAUGGAUGUCGUGCCCCUGGGCCUGAUGGUGGAGGGGGCAACAGAAAUUGCUGUGCCUGAUGCCCAAGCUGCCAUCAGUGUCUAUGCCUGGGGGCUGGGUGCCAUCCCGGCACUGUUCGAGGGGUGUGCACAGCAGCCCCUCGCAGAUGGGCGCUUAGCCACGCAGGGUGCUGGAAGCCUCUUCACUCUCACUGUGGAGCGGGAGCUGGAGGGUGGCAGGCACCAGUGCUCGGCCCUCAGGAUCCUGGUAUCCCUUGGGGCCACCGGGCCCUGCCCCAGGCCAGCACCAGCCGUUGCCCAGCCUGUGCCUGAUGCUGGCUGCCUGCCCUGGGUCAUCGAGCAGCUGCUGGAGGGGAACAGCCUGACAUUCCUGCUGCUGUGUGUGACGCUGCCAGACACCUCCAGAGAGGAGAUCCUGGCAGCCCUGGGGCUGGCUGAGCAGGUGAAGGGGCUGGCCAAGAGCAUCUCAGCCACAUUCUGGGACCCCGUGCAAGAGGUUGCGGCACGUCGGAGGGAGAUCCGAGGGCUGCGGAUGGAGCUGCUAGCUAGAGCUGGCCUCCCCGAGCAGAAGACGGCUGUGGCCCGGCUGCAGACAGCCCUGCGGGAGCUGCAGGUGCUGAAGAGCCAAAGGUGGGAGAAUAAGCAGGCAGCGGCUGAGGUGCCCAGGACAAGUCAGAUGCACAAGCCUGGCGUGCAGGACUGGAUCUCUGCAGCACCAGCCCAGCCACCUGGCACCCAAACACCCCUGAGUGGUGCCAGUCUGGAGCCAGCAGGUCCAGAGCGUGGGGACAGGCCCCAUUCCUGGGUGGCUGAUAUGUGGGCACGGAGCAUCGCUUCACACAGACUGGGUGCCAGCAAGAGCAGCCAGGGAGGGGACAGCCAAGCCCCGGCAAGCACAGGGCAGGGUCUACUGGAGGAGCCCUUGCCGAGCGAUGUGCCACAGCCGUGGCCACUGACUGGGGCUGACACAAUGCUUCAGGACCAGCAGCACCUGGCAGGGGAGCAGAGAGAGGCUCUGGACCGCCAGCACCGUGUACAGCUGCAGGAGGCGCUCCGGAACGCUGCAGAGCUCGCUGAGCCCAACCAACGGCUGCGCGACGCCACCACACAGACACCCUGAGCCAGCGUCGCGGGACAGCGGAGAUGGCUGCCCUGGCAGGCAGGACGCAGGCCCUGCAGCCCCCUGACACCACCCCACCCCAGCUAUGGUAGCUACACAGGGAAAAGCCUCCCACCUUGCCUGCUCCAGCAGCUGCUGAGAGCUGCUCCCAGCAGAGGCCUGGCCCUGGGGAUGCUGCUUGCUGGCAGGAGGGGAGCGCUUCACCCCUCUGCCCUGCCAGGGAAAACCCUGCUCUGCUGCCAUGCGGGGCACAGGCUCGGGCACACAGCCAGAGCGAGCCGGGUGGGAGGGCUGAUGGUCCCCACAACUGCAAUAAAGCAGA